GCGCCCCUCGGCGUCCGCGCCCCCGCCCGGCCGAGCCGGCGCCGGGAGCUGGCGCGAUGGGGGCUGCCGAGCCGCUGCGCUCGGUGCUGUGGGUGAAGCGACAGCGCUGCGCCGUGAGCCUGGACCCGGCGCGGGCGCUGCUGCGCUGGUGGCCCAGCCCGGGGCCCGGAGCCGGCGUCCCCGGCGCGGACGCCUGCGCGGUGCCCGUGGCCGAGAUCAUCACCGUGGAGGAGACGGACAGCCACGGCAGACACCCCGGCAGCGGGAAGUGGCGGAAGAUGGAAACCUGCUUUGCGUUCACAGUGCACUGUGUGAAGAGGGCCCGGCGCCGGCGCUGGAAGUGUGCGCAGGUGACUUUCUGCGGGGCGGACGAGCAGCUAUGUCGCCUGUGGCUGCAGACCCUCCGGGACCAGCUGGACAGCCUGACGUGCAGACCGAAGCAUUUGCUUGUGUUCAUCAACCCCUUCGGAGGGAAGGGCCAAGGCAAGCGGAUUUACGAGCGGAAGGUGGCGCCCCUCUUCGCGCUGGCCGCCAUCUCCACCGAAGUCGUGGUCACGGAGCGCGCCAACCACGCCAAGGAGACCUUAUACGAGACGAACAUGGAUAAGUACGAUGGGAUCGUCUGCGUCGGCGGGGACGGCACGUUCAGCGAGAUCCUGCACGGGCUGAUCGGCAGGACGCAGAGGAGCGCCGGCGUGGACCAGAACGAGCCCCGGGCAGCGCUGGUGCCCAGCCGGCUGCGCGUCGGCAUCAUCCCCGCAGGCUCGACGGACUGCGUGUGCUACUCCACGGUGGGCGCCACCGACGCGGAGACGUCAGCCCUGCACAUCAUCGUGGGGGACUCGCUGGCCAUGGACGUGACCUCGGUGCAUCACAACGGGGCGCUGCUGCGGUACUCGGUGUCCCUGCUGGGGUACGGCUUCUACGGGGACAUCAUCAAGGACAGCGAGAAGAAGCGCUGGAUGGGGCUCGUCAGAUACAACUUCUCAGGCCUGAAGACCUUCCUGUCCCAUCACUGCUACGAGGGGACCGUGUCUUUCCUGCCCGCACAGCACACGGUGGGGUCGCCGCGGGACGGGAAGCCCUGCUGGGCCGGGUGCUUUGUCUGCCGGCAGAGCAAGCAGCAGCUGGAGGAGGAGCAGAAGAGGACGCUCUACGGCUUGGAGAAUUCCGAAGAGGUGGAGGAGUGGAAAGUCGUUUCCGGCAAGUUCCUGGCCAUCAACGCCACAAACAUGUCCUGUGCUUGUCCCCGGAGCCCCAGGGGCCUGUCCCCGGCCGCCCACUUGGGAGACGGGUCCUCCGACCUGAUCCUGAUCCGGAAGUGCUCCAGGUUCAACUUUCUGAGGUUCCUUGUCCGGCACACCAACCAGUGCGACCAGUUCGACUUCACCUUCGUCGAAGUCCACCGCGUGAAGAGGUUCCAGUUCGUGUCGAAGCCCGCCGGGGACGAGGACGGCGAGGCGGACGCGCGGGGCAAGCCGGGGCCUGGCCUGGGCUGCAGCCACCGCGCGCCCUGCUGCUGCCAAGCCUCCCGCAGCUCCUGGAACUGCGACGGGGAGGUGCUCCACAGCGCGGCCGUCGAGGUCAGGGUCCACUGCCAGCUGGUGCAGCUCUUCGCCCGGGGGAUCGAGGAGAAUCCGAACCAAGAGCCGCGCCGCUGAGACCCCCCCCCUUCCCGCCGCCCGCCUUCUCGCUCUGCUUGGAAGUGCGAAAAUUAAGAAACUGCUACAGACCAAUUAUGUGGUUACAUACAUUUAAAGUUAGAAAUUUAUUUUUGAUAGUUAAAUGUUGAUUUUUAGGGAAAACACCUUUUGUCGACAAUUGCGUGACCGCAUCGGGCAUUUUCAGUUCCACGUGAAUCUUUGGGUUGCAUUUCACGUAACUUACUCUCGGCAGACGGUCACUGUUGAUUUUGGAUGCGGGCUUCUUAGAUCCUAGCCAUGCGGACGGCGCGGACUUGGAGACGGCCAGUCAGCGGCUCUGUUGCUGCCACCGAGGGACAGGAUCAAGGGUGUGCUGUCUGUCGAGGCCCGGCCGGACACGAGGCUUCUCUGCGGCUGUGCGGGGCCGAGUGCCGGGAAGCUGGGGUCCCCUGCCCGCGUUUCACCUUCGUCCGGGCCCCCAGCAAGGGCGCUGUGCCUGGGUCCUUCUGCUGUGCGCCCACAGUGCACCAAGGCCCCGCUUUGGGCGCCGCCCUGAGGGCCCGUUGGUGAGAAAGGGCCCGAAAGCAGCCGCUCCGUGGGCACCAUCGCUGCGCCCCUCAUAGCAGAGAGUUCCCGCGACAAUCAGCUGGCCGCGCAGGCAGCGGCUGCCCUGUGUACAGUCAGAACGCAACGCUUCACAGCUGCACAAAGCAGACGGGCGCCUGGCCGGGGAGGCGGGCGGGGGGUGCGCCUCGCGACUCCCUCGUGAGCUGCCGGCCGUGCCCCCAGGGCAGGGCCGCCAUCCCAGGGGUCCAUGAGGUGCGCCCCCCGUGUGCGCGCGCCAUCCAGGUUGGCUCUUUUCUCAUCUCCCCGUGUACGUCUGCGUAUUUAUUGACAGCUUCGUCCUGCGUCCCCGCAAGAGUCAUGCCAUCUUCACUGUCUUCAGUUUGCUGCGGGCCACGGCCCCGGGCCGGCGCUCAGAGCAGGUCUUGGCCGCACGGUGGCCCUGGGGCCUGGACGUGGCUGAGGGACACCGCCUCUGCCUGCAGCGUGGGAAGGUGCGGGUGAGCUUUGGUGUGUGACAGAAGGCGGCAGGACGGUCCCUGGAGGUGGCUGCGUCCGCUCUCGCUGCGCGGGCCCGGCCCUCCCUCGGCCCGGGCGUCACCGCGGCAUUCGACAGACGACGUUGCGUGGUUUCAGAGUUCCCACGCAGCGGUUUGUUCUGAAGUGUGUGUGAAAUUCCACUGCAUCAUUCCGGUCCCGCCCCGGUCAGGCAAAGAGCAGCUUUACUAGUGCUUCGGUCUUUGCUUUGGUUUUGAAUAGACCACGUUAUUGAGGAACUGUGCACGUCACGUGGCUCCAUGACGGAUGGGUGGAUGCAGUCUGGGCACAAAGAAGUAAAUAUGUCCUGGCUGCUGCUCUUCUCAGUGUUUGCUCCUGGUUGGGAAGGGACCAAAAACGUGGGACCAGCAGCUCCGACAGGCACAUGGCCGUGCCCACGGGGCACGGUGCGCCCGACGCCCCGCGCUGGGGGUCUCCGCGGUGGGAGCAGCCAGCCACCGGGCGCCCCAUGGACUGCCCCCCCUCGCGGGGCUCCCCGGGCAGCCUCCGUUCCUCACGGCCCCUGGCAAACGCAUCCUGUACAUGGGUCUGCCCUGAACCCGCUGCCGGUUCCAGGAAGGUCCAGGCCUCAGAGGGAGCCUCCUGCAUUCCACAGGGAACCGGCCAUGCCCGGCGGUCCCCGAAUGGCCUGGGCAGCGUUCACCGAUGGCAUGCCGACAUUCAAGUCGCAAAUGGAGCUUUUGGGGGGGUCAGUGUGACCGUGCGAACACCCCGACUGCUCGCUGGCAGCCCACGCCGGACAGAGGUGCCUGCCUGAAGUCCCCACAUGGGGGCCUCUGACGUCCACGGAGACUGGAUGGAGCAAGCACACCCUUUGCACUCGGGACUUGAAGGGGAGAAAUCCAAACUGAGGGUCAGGGAAAACAGGAGCGCAGGGAGGCGGGCCUGUGUCGCGACGCCCCCGGGGCUGGCUGGCUCUGGCCUGGUCCUGCGGACACACAGCCCCGGGCAGCGCCACCCUGAACGUCCCCACGGUCCUGCCUGCAGCCUUGGGCCCCGAGGCAGUGUGGGUAGAGAGGGGGCUGAGCUUCCCCUCUAAUCUUGCUGGUUUCAAGGUUAGAAAAUGGCCACUUGCUCUGAUAUGUUUGAAAAGACAAAACUAAAGUUCCUUUGCGCAGAAUUUGGCUGUUAUGAAAUAAACAGGAUGUACGAAGAGAACCCCAGCCUGAGAACAAAAAACAUUUGUAGUAACUUUACCUCCCUCUCUGUGUGUCUGUCCCCAAGUCCCCCGGACGCUCCCCACGCUGGCGUGGCCUCCAUGCCCCCAAGAACAAAGACCCAAAAGCUACACGGGCACCUAAGAACCUCCUCUAGUCCCUGGCUCUGCCAGGGAAAGCCAGGAGAUGCCCGCUCAGAACGCGGGGGCUCCUCCACAGACGGGGCCCCCCGACAAAGCCCGGGUCUGCUGAAGACGCCCCA